AUGUCUCCCAAAAGCAUGCUAGUCUUACUGAUAGCAUUUCUUUUGGUUACAAGCUCCCUUGCCAUCCUUCCACCCUCUUCACCAGCAAACAAUGAUGCUAAACCACAACCACAUACUCCCAAACCACCAUAUCAUAAUAAACCAUCACCACAUAUUGAAAAUGGUCAUCCCAAACAUCAUGGUAAACCACCACCACACAUGGAAGAUGCAUCACACAAAGGUAAACCAUCACACAUAAAAGAUACAUCGUACGAUGGUCGUUUACCACCGGAUUAUAAUGCUAAACCACCAUAUCAGGGUGGUGAUCCAAUACAUUCUGAUGGUAAACCACCACACACAGAACCACCACAUCAUGGUAAACCACAGCCCAUGGGAACCACAAAUAGGGCUGGUACAGAUUUUAAUAGUACAGUGCAGUUCAAUUCUAUUUGCCCACCCCUAACCACAAAGGAGUUGCCACCGAAGGAGCAACAGGGCACAGGAAAUCAACAUCCAGAGCUGGGACAUGAUGGUCAUAAUAAUAAACCAUCACAUGAUGAUGAUAGUAAACCAUCACAUCAUAAUGAUAAACCACCACACAUAAAAUAUACCUUGUUUGAUGGUCGUUUACCACCGGAUCGUAGUAUUAAACCAUCAAGUGGUGAUUCAACACAUCCUGAUGGUAAACCACCACACAAGGAACCACGACAUCAUGCUAAGCCACCGCCAAUUGGAACCACAAAGGAGUUUCCACCGAAGGAGCAACAAGGCGCAAACAAUCCACAUCCUCCGAGGAGGCCUGGACAUGGUGGUCAUAACGUGGAAUCAACCAACUUUCGACCAAUUGAUCCACCAGGUUCCGAUUAG